AUGUACAAUCAGUCCUUCGAGCCGGAAAACGAUGCUGAUAACAUCGUUGCAGGAUUGAUAAUGAUACUGACAGGAAUGGUCGGCUCCGCAGUUAACUUUGUUGUUAUGCUGCUGAUAAUAAAAACCUCGUCUUUUCACAGCGCAUUUGGUUACAUAUGUUUUUCUCACCUCAUUGCAUCCAGCGCUGCACUUCUGACGGGUACAUUCUGGACAGGACCAGUAACAAUUUUCAGCUUCAAUGAGUCUGUCACAGUCUCGUUCGUCGGCGCAGGAUUUGGGCAGUUGAUGCAUCUCUUCUGGUUUGUGUCCAUGUACAGCCACCUUCAAGUCGCCGUGAAUCGUCUUAUAGCAGUAGCUUGGCCGUUUCUUUACAAUACGCUAUUUACUGGCAGAAGUUUGGUUUGCUUUAUUGGAUCAGCAUGGAUCAUGUCCUUCCUAUUGUCUUCUCCGCACUUCAUGUAUGAUUGUUGGCUCUGGUUCGAUGUCAAGACAAUAUCCUGGAUAAAUCGUGAUACGGAGUGUAGUUUUAUAAUGAACAAAAUUUUCUUUUACAAUACUAUGAUCAUGUGUGCAUUGAUAAUUUUGAUCAACACAAGCACGUUCUACUUCCUACGCAAGAAAAUGAAGGAGUUGCGAAAGACUGGCGGCAUUUUCAAACAGCAAGAAAUGGCUCGAAUGAAGCGGAAUGUUUCGCUUUACAUGCAGGUAAUGUUGUUGUUAAUGUAA